AUAUAUACAUACAUAUAUGUUAUUAUAAGAGAGAGAGAGAGAGAGAGGUGAGAAGAGAAUGAGAAUGGGAAAAAUGGAAAAUAAUAAUGAUGAAAAAAUGUCAUUAUUUGAGAGCAAAAAAGGUAGAGGAAGAAUGAUAUACAGAGUAUUUGGUUCAUCUAUAUUUGUUGGUAUUUGUGUAAUUUGGUUUUACAGAUUGAGUUUUAUACCAAAACAAGGCCAAAUUGGAAGAUGGGCUUGGAUUGGUUUACUUGCAGCUGAACUCUGGUUUGGUUUCUACUGGAUUUUAACUCAAUCUCAUCGUUGGAAUCAACUCUAUAGAAAUACUUUUAAGGAUAAGCUUUCUCAAAGAUUUGAUGAUAGUGAAUUACCAUGUGUGGAUAUAUUUGUAUGCACAGCAGAUCCAACAAUAGAGCCACCAUUAAUGGUGAUAAAUACAGUUUUAUCAGUGAUGAGUUAUGAUUAUCCAAGUGAGAAAUUGAGUGUUUAUUUAUCUGAUGAUGGAGCUUCUGAUCUUACUUUCUAUGCCCUAAUAGAGGCUUCAAAUUUUGCCAAACAUUGGAUUCCAUAUUGUAAGAAAUAUCAAAUAGAGCCAAGAUCACCAGCUGCCUAUUUCAAAUCCAAUAUUUCGUCUUCUUCGUCUUCUUUUAUAAAAGAUUCUCAUGAUCAAGCUCGUGCAUUUGUUAUUAUCAAGGAAAUUUAUGAAGAGAUGGCAACUAGGAUUGAGAAAGUGACAAAAUGGGGCCAAUUAUCAGAAGAAGACAAGUCAAAACACAAUGCCUUCACUUUCUCACAUUGGGACUCAUCUUGGUCUAGGAGUAACCACCACACCAUUCUUCAAAUAAUAAUUGAUGGGAGAGAACAAAAUGGGAAAGAUGUUGGUGGUUGUACACUGCCAACUUUAGUAUAUUUGGCAAGAGAGAAAAGGCCACAAUUUCACCAUAACUUCAAAGCUGGAGCUAUGAAUGCAUUGAUUAGAGUAUCUUCUGAGAUUAGUAAUGGAGAAAUCAUUCUUAAUGUGGAUUGUGAUAUGUACACAAACAACUCUCAAUCCAUAAAAGAUGCCCUUUGUUUCUUACUAGAUGAAGAACAAGGCCAUGAGAUUGCAUAUGUACAAUUCCCACAAAAAUUUGAGAAUGUUACCAAGAAUGAUUUGUAUGGUAAUGAUCUUAGAACAAUAAGUAGUGUUGAAUUCCAUGGUCUUGAUGGCUAUGGAGGGCCCCUUUAUAUUGGAAGUGGUUGUUUUCAUAGAAGAGAUGUUCUUAGUGGAAGGAAAUUUGGUACCAAGUUUGAGAAGGAAGAGAAGAAAGAAAACCGAGAAAGAGAAAGUGUUCGAGAGUUAGAAGAGAAAGCGAAGGAGCUAGCGAGUUGUUCUUGUGAGAAAAACUCUCUUUGGGGAAAAGAGAUGGGAUUGAAAUAUGGAUGCCCAGUUGAAGAUGUAAUAACAGGGCUAUCAAUCCAAAGCCAAGGAUGGAAAUCAGUGUAUUGCAAUCCAACAAGACCAGCUUUCUUAGGUGUGGCUCCAACCUCAUUGGACCAAGUGCUUGUGCAGCACAAGAGAUGGUCAGAAGGUGAUCUUUUGAUCAUGUUGUCCAAAUACAGCCCAGCUUGGUAUGCUUACAACAAAAUCAGCUUAGGUCUUCAACUUGGAUAUUCUGCCUAUUGUCUUUGGGCUCCUAAUUGUUUGGCUACUCUCUAUUACUCAUUUAUACCUUCACUUUACCUUCUCAAUGCCACUCCUUUGUUUCCAAAGGUCUCUAGUCCAUGGAUUAUACCAUUUGUCUAUGUGAUUUUUGCCAAGUACACAUAUAGUCUUGUAGAAUUUCUAUGGUCUGGUGGGACAGUCUUAGGUUGGUGGAAUGAGCAAAGAAUUUGGCUUUACAAGAGAACAACAUCCUACCUAUUUGCCUUCAUUGACACAAUUCUAAACUUGCUUGGAGUUACAAACUCAGCAUUUGUCAUCACGGCCAAAGUAACAGACGAAGAUGUCUCUGAGAGAUUCGAGAAGGAAAUCAUGGAAUUCGGGACAACCUCACCGAUGUUCACCAUACUUGCAGUGCUCGCCACAAUCAACCUCUUUUGCUUUAUCGGGGUAGCAAAAGAAGUAGUCGUCGGAAAGGAUAUUGCCAGGGUUUUCGAGACUAUGCCUAUGCAAAUUUUGUUGUGUGGGGUUUUGAUCCUAAUAAACUUGCCUUUGUAGUUUGUACAAUGGCCUUUUUCUUAGGAAGGACAAGGGAAAGAUGCCUAGUUCUUUGACAGUUAAAUCAGUUGCAUUUGCCCUAUUUGUUUGUACUAGCUUUACAUUUAUGUAUUGAAUAAUAAUUCAUUAUAUUGUUGUAAAUCUUCUUCAAUAUUAAUGCAGCAUCAUACCCUUUCUUGUUUU